CAGGCCGUGGUCCGCGCCUUUGUGCCCGGCGCGCGCUCUCCGCCCGCUCCGGCUGCAGCGCCGGCUGCAUCAAUAAUUCAGAGCGGCGGCAGCGGCGGGUGCGGGCAGCAGGCAGUGGAAGCGACGGGGACCGAGCGGCAGCGGCUAUGCAUCCAAGUGUGGCUGGGCAGCCCCGGCACCCCUGAGGCCCGGGUGGGGCUCCGGGUGCAUCGCGCGCUGGGCACGCUUGCCCGGGAGUGAACGGAAGAGCCAGUAGUGUUCACAUCGGCGUCAGCGGAGCUGCGAACGGAGCAGAGGAGGGGGGCUCCGGAGCCGGACUGGGGCGGGGUGGGGGCGGCUGGCGCAGGCAGCCCCCGGGGUGGGGGGCGGGGUGGGCGCCGUAGCCGCGAUGCUGGGCGUCGUGGAACUGCUGCUGCUGGGGGCGGCGUGGCUGGCGGGCCCGGCCCGUGGGCAGAAUGAAACGGAGCCCAUCGUUUUGGAGGGCAAGUGCCUGGUGGUAUGCGACUCCAACCCCACGUCCGAUCCCACCGGCACAGCUCUGGGCAUCUCGGUGCGCUCCGGCAGCGCCAAGGUGGCUUUUUCUGCCAUCAGAAGCACCAACCAUGAGCCGUCUGAGAUGAGUAAUCGCACCAUGAUCAUCUAUUUCGACCAGGUACUAGUGAACAUCGGGAACAACUUUGAUUCAGAACGCAGCACUUUCAUCGCCCCGCGCAAAGGGAUCUACAGUUUUAACUUCCACGUGGUAAAAGUCUACAACAGACAGACUAUCCAGGUGAGCCUCAUGUUAAACGGGUGGCCUGUGAUCUCAGCCUUCGCCGGUGACCAGGAUGUGACCCGGGAGGCCGCCAGCAAUGGAGUUCUAAUCCAGAUGGAGAAAGGCGACCGAGCAUACCUCAAGCUGGAGCGGGGGAACUUGAUGGGGGGCUGGAAGUACUCAACCUUCUCGGGAUUCCUCGUGUUUCCCCUCUGACUGGCUGCUCCCCCCAGAAUGGAGGCAGGGAGAGGGUGAAGGCAGGAGGAAGGCAGGAGGAGGGAUGAAAAAAGAGGCCAGAAAGCGGCACAGCCUGCAGCUUCCUAUCGGGUGCCCGAUUGUAUCUGGUAAGAGGUGCGCCCGGGAGGACAGCUUUGGCCAUUUCCUCUUCAGACAAAGUCAAUUCUGCUUAGCUCUGCACACUCCCCUUUCCAAAAAUAAACUCACCUCCCCCACUACAAUCGCAGUAAUCAAGAGAGACUGCCUUGUCAUUGUUUCUUAGCCCCAUGUUCAUGCUCCCUACAGUUUAUAUAAAAAAGAAACUCCAUAUUUCACCAUAUAAUGUGAAAUAUCUUCCUCCCCCUGCCCCUCUGAAUGGUUCUACCUGCUGAAAUCGAGAUACCCGACCCACCCCCUUUAAGUUUGGAGAGAAGGGGUAAUGGUUUCCUUAUUUGUUUUUCUUUUUGGCUGGGGGAAGAUGAUUUGAUUUGGCAAGUAUUGCUGUUCUUAAGACACCAAACAAGAGUUAAUUCGCUGAAGAUACCCUGUGUCUUCUGCUGCUCCUUAGCAGAGAAAGGACUCGCCCUACGUUAAAAAUAUAUAUAUGUAUAAAUAUUUAUCAUUUGUACACAAAGAACUUUUCCCAGUGGAAACUGGCUGUGUUUCCGUAUUUCUGUGUCCUAUUCGGAGUGAUCGUGAAAUCUAAGGCUGCUUGCUGUUCUGACGCUUGUCAAUGCCCUCGUGUUCUGUGGCUCCACCAACGGCCGGAGGCUCUUUGGACGCGUCCUCGCCGUCUUGUAACAUACGUGUGAAUAGCCAAGAUUUAAUUUUGCUUUAAUCCAAUAAAGUUGAAGUGGGACUUUU